GUCUCCUGUAUACACACGCUGAACGUCAUUGUGAAAACGUGUGAAGUGAAUUUAAAUGAACGUUUCCCGUCAGCUCCGCUAUAGUGUCCAUGUGUGAGCCCCGCCAUGAGCGCCCUGUGUCGUGUGUUAACCAGAGGAUUAUCCGCCAGGCUUUCUGUAGCCGGAGCUCAGCGUUGCUGUAGCGGGGUGUCGCGGCUGGACGGGGCGCUGAGAGACAGCACUGCUACCUCCACCAGCCCUGUUAACCUGAGUUAUGAUGUGUACGACGGGAAAGAAGACGGUGUUCCACUUGUCUUUCUGCAUGGCUUGUUUGGCAGCAAAUCAAACUUCCACGCAAUAGCGAAGUCUCUGGUGCAAAGGACAGGCCGAAAGGUGCUGACAGUAGAUGCACGUAACCAUGGCCAUAGCGCACACAGCCCGGAUUUGACUUACGAGGCAAUGUCUAACGAUUUAAAGCAUCUGCUUAACCAGCUGCACAUUGGAAAGUGUAUUCUCAUCGGGCACAGCAUGGGUGGUAAAACUGCAAUGACUACAGCGUUGUCACAGCCCAGUUUGGUGGAGCGUCUCGUCGUGGUAGACAUCAGUCCUGUUCCGACGUCAGGUCGUAUAUUUAUGAAAGGAUAUAUCGAGGCUAUGAAGGAGGUGAAGGUACCUAGCAGCAUUCCUCGCUCAACUGCGCGCAGAUUGGCUGAAGAUCAGCUCCGAAAUCAUGUUAAAGAACACUCAGUCCGGCAUUUCCUCCUUACUAAUCUGGUAGAGCAGAAUGGACACUAUGCCUGGAGAAUUAAUUUGGAGGCCAUUUCAAAUCACCUGAUGGAUCUCAUGGGAUUCCCCGAGUUUAACACAACCUAUGAUGGUCCGACACUCUUUCUGGGUGGCAGUAACUCUGAAUACCUCAGCUCUGAGGAUUACCCUGAAAUCCAGCGGCUCUUUCCGUAUGCAGAUAUCCAGUACAUCCCUGAUGCCGGUCACUGGAUCCAUGCUGACAAGCCUCUGGACUUCAUCAGUUCUCUUGUCACAUUCGUGCAGUCCUAGUCCCCUGGCGGACUUAGUCCAUAGGUUAACCUUGUUUUAGUUCUAUUUUAUAAAAAUCUUUUGUUCAUGACUUUUUAAUAUACAUGCAGUACUGUGCAAAAGUAUAAAUCACUAUAAAUGCUAUAAAAUUAGCUUCAGUGAUAUUGAAAUUAGUAUUAUAAUAAUUCUUAAACCCAGAUCUUGGGUUUCCCAGGUUGCCACAUAAAUAUUGUAUAAUAUUUAAUAAUUAUAAAGUUAAACAUUAUAUGGAUUUUUUUUUUUUACCUUAAUGGUCGAGAAAGAAAGAAAAUGGUCAUUGAAGUGGCCAUGUAAGACAAUAUUUUAUUACAAUUGUAGGAUGACUUUGACAAUUGCACAGUACUGUCCAUCCAGUUGCACUGUUUCAACACUUGGUCACACUGAAUUAGCUGAUGGUUAGCUGGUCUCCCUUGUUGCUUAACAGUGGUUGGAACUCAGCAAGUUACAUUACAGCCAACUGUAGGUGUCAUUCUUCCUAAUCUUUCCUUAAAAAAAAAAAAAAAAAGUUAAACGCUUCCUUUUCUAUUCUUGUCUUGCUUUGUGUGAACACUUUAUCUGCUUUUACUGUUACUUUCAGAUAACAUUUCAUAAUGUGUUUAGUUUAAAUUAAUUUAAUCGAAUGUCUAAAGAUGCUUAUGCAAUAGUGGCCUGUCUUUUUGGCACUGUUUUUAAUUUUACAUGAACCCCUCACUGUCGUACAUAAGCACUGAGACUACCACUACUGCAGCAGACAUCUAGACAUCUUGUUCUAUAUUUAGUUUUUGGAUGCACUGCCAGUUCUGGCCAUCUUGUGCAUUUUGUGAAAUUUAGUAGAGGUUUCAGUUGUGCGCUUGCUUGUUUACUUUGGUAGUCAUAAGAAUGGAAUAUUGGUAUGUGUUAAGGUGAAAGUUCAGAGCUUUUGCAAAAGAAUUUACACAAUUUUCCUCUUUUAUCCAUGGUUGGAUUAAAUAUAGUUUACAGACGCCAGGUUGGCAUCAUGCACAUUGAUGAACUGACAGUGUUUUUAGGAUCAUGCUGGUAUAUGGAAACGUUGACAAAACAAAUCAAUGCAGUGCAAAUGUUUCUAUACGUUUAAGGCUAGCACCUUUCAAACAUUACCUUAUGGUUUAACAUGUCAAGAAUUUUUUUUUAUAAAUUUAUAGCUUGCAUGAUCAGCAAAGCUUGUUGCCGAAAUGCUUGCCAACAAUUUGGUGACACUUCUUUGGUUUCACAAGUGCUAAAUAAACAUUCUUUUUGGUUUGUUUAGCCUAAUUAGUACUAAUAAGGUACAAGAUUUAAGAAGAUGGUCAUGGUCUUUUUAAACUGGCCAGUAAGGUUUCCAAGCACAUAAAGCAGCUUUUAUGUGUCUCCAAGGUUUCCAAGCAGCACACUGGAGUUUUUAUGUGUCUAGUGAUUAGCUAAAAAUUUUUUCAUUUGUUCAUGCAUGCACACUUGUCUAAAUCUGCCUCAAGUUUUCAAACUGACUUCACUGUCUUAGGGGAAAUUGUUUAAACCUGAGUUGUGUCUGAACUGAUCUUUUAACCAAAAGUACCAUACUUUAUGUAAAUAAAAUCCUUUAAUUUCUAAGAGCUAUGCUGCCGGUUAUUAUACUUAGAAAGUAUUUCUUCAUCAGGUCCUAUAGAACUGUGUCAUAUGUGGCCACCUGUAAGUCAUCAUGGAUGUGUCUGUCUUUUGUGACUAAAAUGCAUUUUAUAUAACUAUAUUGAAGAUAUUCAUGAAUUAAUCAGAAGUAAAUAGUUAUAUUUUAUGGCUGUUAGUUGUUUGUAACUCUCUAGUGUAAUCCUACAGUAUACUGUAUGUUUAGAAAUAUAUGAAAAUGUAUGGAAUAUAUAAAACAUGCUGCAGAAUUAAAUACCAAAAGUUUGGUGUGUUUUCCCAGAUUGAAGUCCACAUACAGUAUGUGAUAACCAUGUAGAUGGAUCAUGGUUAAACACUGUAGUAGGUACUUAAACUGCCAGUUGUUUGUAGUAGAUGGGUUGUAUUUCGAGUGUGUAAAUUAACUAGGAAAUGUGUAUUUUCCCAAAUAUUUUUCGUAGCAAAGUAAUAUAUAACUAGCACUAUAAUGGAUUUUUAUUUUGAAAGAUGUAUAAUGAUUCUUUCUUUAAAGCCUAUAUGAAAUGCGAACAAUCUUGGUGUCUUGAUGACAGAAUGCUUUGCCUUUACACAUUACUAAAGCUGUGGACUUUUCUUAACAAAGCAGCUUUAAUUGAUUGUAUCCAUUCCAUUUCAGGGACAAAUGUGACAUUUCCCUUUCAGUCAUUUUUAUUGCCAUAUAAUACUCAUAACGUAUUAGAUAUUAGUUGUGUAAUUGGUGAAAUACUUGAAACUUUGCUUUGUUUGUGUGGAACAUUAGAGACCAGAGCUUAUGGUCCUUGUGGAUAAAUUUAAUCAUGGAUUAUGUUCUCACAAAAAUGUCUUGUUGUUGAUGUCUUGUGUGCAUUACUAUGGUUCAUCUAACUGAUUAGUUUGUGUUUUUGUUUUUUUUGUGCUUUUUUUUUGGUAACCAGUAUUUAAAGCACAAUACAUUACACUUAUACUGUAUAUGGAUGUAUAUGGUUCUUUCAUUCGUGACUGACUGUACCACAAACAGAAUGUAAUAUAGAACAUAAUACUUGGGUUAUAGUUUGCCAAGUUUAUUAAAUCUAACAAAUAAGGACCAUUAACUUUCUGGUUCAUGUUCAUAAUUGAUGUCUACAAUUAACCCACAGAUGUAGAAUGAGAUGCUGCACAGAAUCGCUGCACUGGUCAUUGCAAAAAGCGAUACUUGGGGCCAAGCUCUUGCACCGGCGCUUAUUUGCGCAGGUGAAGUGAUCCUGUUAAUGUUUUUGUGUUAUUUUGAUUUUGUGUUAUCUUAUAAAACUUGAAGUCGAUUUGUGAGGAUGUUGUCAUUGCAUGCUGAUUGUUUUAUUUUCAUUUUUUAAUGUGAGUGUGUGUCCAACUAAAUAAAUAUACAGGUUUUGAGAACAG